AUGAAGACACUAACAUACAUUUUUGUUCUCUGUUGUGGCCUCACUGGCCUGGCACUGUCUGAGCCAGACCAAAAGUGUUUGAGGGGGAAGGUCAUGACUUUCCCUGAACUGACCACCAAAAGCUAUGCUCAGCUUUACCCAAAUGGAAUAAUGGAUCUGUCUGCAGCCUCUGUGUGUUUGAGAUUCUACACCGAUCAAGAGAGUUCCAUUCCAUGCCUGUUUUCUCUGGCCGAAAAAGCCCAACCUAAUGACUUUUCUAUAUUACAGUCAGCAAACAAAAAUUACCAGUUGUUCAUUCAUAAUGUUCGUGCAGAAUUUAAAGGGCUGCCAUACCAUCUGAAUCAGUGGAACUCGGUGUGUGCAUCUUGGGAUUCCAAAACUGGUCUUGCUCAGAUGUUUGUCAGUCAUGAAAGCAGCAUUAGGAAGGUUUUGGGCCCUAAGCAACAUUUGAAAGGAGAACUAUGUGGUCAGUGUCAGACCACAUUUGAUGGAGGGUUAAGCCAAGACCAUACUUUCACUGGUUUCAUAUCAGAUGUGCACGUGCAUAGCACAGUCCUAACCCAUCAGAUUAAGUUCUACAUGGAGGGAAGCUCAGGCUCAGGAAAGAGGGGCACAUAUAAACUGGGAGAUUACAUUAAUUGGCACGAUCUUAAGCACACAAUUGUUGGGUCUGCUCUAGUGGAAGAAAAGCAGCAUGUAACCUUUCAUUUCAACGAAGAGGAAAAUAAGAAUUAGUGUGCUGCUGUGCUGCAUUAUAACUGACAUUGAUAUGUCAUCAGAUGCUAAAAAAACAUCUUGCAAAUGAACUGUGCUGUUUCCAAUAUUGACCAAACAAUUAACAGUUAAACAGGGACAGACUGGAGUAAGCUUUACAUUUUGAGAGUUCAAUGACCAUGCUGAGUAAAGUUGAAAAAGUGUUCUGAUCCAUGAAACUUCUGUAGACUUGUAGGUAUACCCUUCAACUCCACUUCCAUCAUUUGGGCAAUCAAAUCAAAUUCUGUCAUAAUUUACUCACCUUAAUGUCGUUUAAAACAAGUUUGAAUAACAUAGUAUAACUUUCUUUUGUGGAAUGCAUAGGAGAUGUUAGGCAGCAUAAAUAUCUCAGUCACCAUUCACUUUCAUUGCAUCUUUUUUUUUUUUUUUUUUUUUUA